CAUUCACAGUGCAUCAUGGGAGUGAGCGGUCGCUCCGAGACACGUUUCGCGGGUUUCGAUGAACGUGGCUCUCUGAUUGGUGGAUAUUUCUGUGCUGUAUCAUGGAGACAAUCGCGUGACGUCUGUGUGUGUGUGCGCGCGCACGGCGGACAGCUGAAGGUGCACAUGCACGAUAGGGCAAUGGCUGAAAGAGAGCAGAAUACUGAAGGAUUAACCAAUAAACCGUCAAUACAUGAACAGAAACAGACGGAAGAGUCAAACUCAUCGGCUGACAGUAAACAGAAGGAAGAGGACUAUGGCUACAGUUUAUAUCCCGGAAGAGCAAGCAGCAAGUAUAAAGAGGGCUCGAUCGGAGAGAGUUUGUUCACCUUUAAACACAAGUGUCAUAUCAUGCUGCAGUUCGCCAUGGACACUAGUCCGUAUGCAAAACUCCUGCUGGGUGCCAUGAAGAGCUCCGGCUGUACAGUAUUUAAAGACAGACAUUUCUCAUGUGAGGACUGUGAUGGGACCGUCAGUGGUGGAUUUGAUGCCGCGACCUCUCAGAUUGUUUUAUGUCAGAACAACAUUCACCAGCAGGCUCAUAUGAACCGAGUCGUGACUCAUGAACUGAUUCACGCGUUUGAUCACUGCAGAGCUCGAGUCGACUGGUUCACCAACUUCAGACAUCUGGCCUGUUCAGAGAUCCGGGCGGCCAAUCUGAGCGGCGACUGCUCGUUCGUGAAUGAGAUUUCAAGAUUUAACUUUGGCCUCAAGGAACAUCAUCAGCAAUGCGUUCGGGGCCGUGCACUGCGUUCAAUCCUCGCCGUACGGAAGGUGAGCAGGGAGGAGGCGGAGCGAGUGGUUGACGAGGUGUUUGACAGCUGUUUCAAUGACCACGCCCCCUUCGGCCGCAUCCCACACAGCAAGAAAGAUGCCAAGUUUGCCUACAGGGACUUUGAGAACAGAGAUCGUUAUUAUGCAAACCUGUAAACAGCAUUAUUAAAUGUUUUAUUCUCCCAAAUGUGCUUUAUUACGUCUUUAUUGAAGAGCAAAGUACAAGAGACUGAACUUUAAUUUACACUUGACUGCUGAAAGACAAAUAUCAGAGCUCUGUUCCCAAACGGAGUCCUGUUACAUGUGUACUUCGGUGAAACAUCACUAGAUUAUGUUGUGCUUAUUCAUCAUUAAGCAGUGUCAUAAGCACUUUUGUCAUCAAAUUAGAAUUUUGCCUGACAGCAAAUAUAAUGUUCUUUAACUAAUCAUCAGUUUGAAAGGGAUGAAAACAUUUGAAUUUAUUGAUGAAUUAAAGUUGUAUGAUGUCAAAUCCAGUGGAGCUUUCUCUAUCAGAUGUUCAUAAAGGUUUUUAUUAACUUUAUAAAAGCCACAGUGUCGAUGUCCACAUCAGCAUGAGAUGUUUAUAUAUGGGCAGAAACUGAUUUUUUUUUUUCUAUGAUUAUCUGUGAACAAUUUAACAAGUGUUUGAACUUUCCACAUAUGACACUGAACAAUGUUAAUUGUUUCACAGUUCUAUUUGCAUUGAAAUUUCAAGAAUUAAAAAUUAAAUGAACGUG